AUUAUCCUGACGAUCAAUCGAUUGAUCCUGACCUUUGAUGUGACAAUUUGGAGGUGUAAAUGGAUCGAAAAUAUUGAAACAUUUUCUUAAUGGCGUUUUCGUGUAAUCUGGUACAAAAAGUAAAGAUGUAAUUUUAAAGACGAUUAUGUAGAAUGCGUGAUAUAUUCUUUGAAAGUUCGCCAAAUUGGCUAGUUCAUUGUAGUUGGAUUUAAGAAAUGACCAAACGCAGAGAUUACGUGAAGUUAUGAAAGGGAAUCAAGCUGUUCAAUUAACAAGUGGCGGAUUUCUUCUUGUUUGAUUAUAAAAAGUGUUUGUGAUUACAAUUUCUAAAGGGACACUAUAAAAGAAAGAAAUGUCGAGGCCAGAAGAUAAAGGGACAAAUCCACAGAGGAAACUUGAACGUGAGAUGAGACUCGGAACUAUAAAAUCAAGACGAUCUCUUAUGGAGAGGGAGAAAGCGAUGGAAGCGGCCCGUAACCCAGGCGUCAGCAAACUGGGGGAUUGUCUUGUAAGCAUCAACUUGAAAAAUGACAAGGUCUUGACCUCCAAUCUCAGAAAGAUAAAUUCUGAAAUAAAGCGCAUGCAGUUACAGGUUAAUCAUAAAAUGAAAUAUUUUGUCAAGAACAGCAAUGUUUUGAAUCAUGAUCCGAUCAUUCUAGUCGAGCGUCCGCCAUCACCGGAAGUUAAAAAGCGCGCGCAUUUAAUGGAACACUACGAUGGUGAGGAAGAUGUUCCGGGUGAUGAGAACAAACCGGGUUACAUGAAACAAAUAAGGUCAAAAGCCAGGACCCCAUCGACGUUAACAACGAUUGACGCAUUCACGGUCAAACAGAGAAAAAAGAAAAAUGUGUGGGACGGAGCUGUAGAUGAGAAAUCGGCACCAGAGUUUGAAAGUACUGUUCGACCUUAUGCUAAAUUAACUAGACGCGAAAAAUCAGACUUACAAAAAGGGUAUGAAUUUCAUAAGCCCAAAUUAGAAAAUUCUGGAAUAUCUGAGACAGAAAAAUCUGCUUCCAGCAAACCCCAUACACAUAAAAAGAAGGUUAAAGAAGUAGCUAAUGACGACGAUAGUGAUUUUGAAGACGAAAUUACGCCUUUCAUUACACAGAUGGCAAAAGUAAGAAGGAAUGGAAACGACAGGAAGGAGAAAACAUUAGCAGAAAUAAGUUUAAAACCAAAAACUCCAGUUCUUGGAAUGAAAACGACUGGAAGUCCAGUUAAUCAAACAAUAUCCAUUGAACGAAAUGUGCGGUUCAAAUCGCCUGUUAUUAUGUCCGCUCCACGGGUCAGAGGAGCUCACCGGAAGCUGAAAACUACAGAAACGGAAGUAGUAUAUUGAUUGUCUAAGAUACAUGUGGUGCACUAGGUAUUUUUGUUCAACAGUUUACCCCUAUUUGGGUUAACAUAUUAGAAUCGGCCCUUAUUGUUGGACAGACAUUACAGUGGAUUGUGCCAAACUGUUUUGAACAAACACUGCCGCAAUUUUUGUUUGGUUCACCUAAUUCUUACCAGUAACUUGGUGAUCCUAUUUACAUCAUUUAUCAUUUUAAAGAACUCACAAGUUGUUAGUUUCAACUUUUUAAUAUUCUGUUAUACUUGGUUAAUUUUGAGUUUAUUAUCAAAAAUAAGUUUGAUUGGGGAAUUCUCCAUAAUAAUUUAUUAUAUAUCUUGUUCUUUAUUUAUAUACAGUUACAAUAGUUUUGCACUAAGCCAUUGUCAGUUUCAGCCGUUCUGUACACCAACUUUAUUUAAUUUGCAGAUCUGGUUCCAAUUUUACUUGAAUUGUUAUACAAUUGUUAGGAUACCCAAGUUAGAAGAAAAACAGUACGUUCAUGUAUUUUUUUUCAAAACUAAAAACAUGACAAAAGCAACAUUUUCAAAAAAACGGUGUGUUUUAGGGAUUUGUAUAUGAGAAUUACAUUUUUGUCCAUAGAUUUAAAAUGUCUUCAAAUUUAAAUUAAUAUUUUACUUCCUUCCCUGGAAAUCAAUAGAAUGAUGCGAUGCGUGAAUAAAACUUUUUUUCAAAAUCCCUGUUACUACUCUUUUUGACGAGACCGUAUUUGUUCAUUAACCCUUUAAGAUGUCUAUACGUGUUCAUGUCGGUCUAUUUCUUAUUGUUUCGUUUGGAAUAUUUCAUUCGGAAUAUUUGUGUUUUAAUAGUUAUAAAUUCUGUUUUAUAUUUAAGUCAUGUAUAUAUUUGUUCACAUAUGUCUUCUACAAUAUAUAUCCAUCAUACGUACAUGUUUUUUAACUACUGAUUU